AACGCCGUGGAAAACCUCCGACCCCAAGACCUGCACUCCUCGUCGUCGUCGUCGUCGUUGUAAAUAGGUUGCUUCAACGACAAGCGAGGCCUCAAUCCCCAAGGGUUUGCCAGAUUUGAUUCGGCUCCAAAAGAUAAGAACGCACAACGGCAGAAGGGUUCGGGUGCGUCGAUCGUGACGAGAGCAAGAGAGAAUUCGGGUGCGUCGAUUGUGCCGAGAGCAAGAGAGAAACGUCCGCCGCUAAGAGAGAGAGAGAUGCUUUAAUUUCCAGAAAAAGGAUUCGGCUUCCCUCUUAGAGAAGCAGCUUUCGCUUCAUACCAUAGGCUUGCUGGCCCUGAUCGUCGAGGGCGAGGAUAAAAUGUCCGAAAUCUACGGACAGUUGCUUCCCCUGAUUUCCAUGUCUCUGGAAUCGGGACAUGAACCGGCGGUGAAGCUGCUGCAAUGCUUGGCUGUUGUGAGUUUCUUUGGUGCAACUAACUCGGAGGAGACUGAAACUGCAAUGCAGGUUGUUUGGAAUUUUAUCAGUGCUCCGGAAUCUGCGAAAGAGCUUUUGCCAGAGGUUCUGGUUGCCGGAAUAUAUGCUUGGAUGUUUCUUCUUACAAGCAUGGAGGGAUGGCGGCUCAGCUACAACUACUGGAAUGGGGCGAUUUCUUACUUCUGUAAUCUGUUAGAGCACGGCGAUAAAUCAGUAUGUGUGGCGGCUACUGAAGCUCUAGCUUUGAUAUUUGAGACUGGUAGUUUGGACAAGUUCUGGAGAUCUGAAGAAAAGGUUCCGAGCACGAUCAAGUAUUCGAAUUUGCAACAAUUGCUGACAGGGAAUGUUUUGACGAAACUCAAGUCUGUUUACCCAAACAUGGGAGGUGAUGUGAAUGCUGCGAAGAAAGUCCGCCAAAUUAUGAUUUAUUUUCAGAAUUUUUGCUGCCCGGGAGCAUCUGUAGCGGUCAAUGGGAUUGAUCUGAAGUUAUCGUCAUGGUACCAGAUGAUUCAGUGGCAGUUUUUGAAGGGUUUUAUAGCUGACGGGUUUGAACUACACAUGAAGGAAAAUGAGAAGCUGUGGAGGGUGUUCAAUUUUGAUCCAUACGAAGUCACCGAGGUUGGUGAAGAAUUGUAUGCGUCUACUACUGAUAAGAGCAGGACCCGUUUCUUUUUACCGAAAGAAAGAGAUCCGUACUUGCUAACGAAGGAAGCUACAAAGAAGGAGAGGGUUUGGAGGAACUCUCAUUUAGACAAGGCGAGAACGCAGUUGAUGAACAAACAACGCCGUUUGUCGCAGGAACUGAACAGCUGGAUCUAGUUCAUGGCAGAGUUGUUAGCUUUAAUUCUUGUUUGUUAGCAUUUCAGAGAUAAUUUCUAGAGAAAGAAUGUUAGCAGAGUCAAUGUAAAAGUAGUUUAAUUCAAUAGUAAUGCAAACAUUUCUUUUUCUGACCA